UCAACAACAGGAGUAUAAAUAGAAGGGAACCACUGAGAACCCAAUAGAGAAAACGAAUCGGAGCAGGAAUAAGAACUAAAUAAGAAGACGGAAAAAAACCCAAAGCCUUGUGCAUUAAUGCAAAAAGGGCUGGGUGUUGCCCUGACUCUCUGCCUACUCCUGGUGGGGUGGGCAGAGAGUCGGGGACAAUGUGAGAAACCAGCAGUAUGGACCAUUGGAGAGAAAACACCUAUGGAUGAUUCUCUGGGUAAAGUGACUGUGGUGGCACUGCUCCAGGCGAGCUGACAUUUCUGUCUGCUCCAGGCAGCGAGUUUGAAGCACCUGCAACAAAAACUAAACCAACAUGGAUUUGUGAACAUUUCCUUCAUGGUGGUAAAUCACCAAGGGAAAGACUCGCGUGAAAAAUACAAACACCUAAAGUCAAAGGUGACAGAACAAAUUCCUGUGUACCAACAAGACGUUAAUCGGACCAAUAUUUGGGAGCUGCUCCAAGGCAAUAAGGAUGAUUUCCUGAUCUAUGAUAGCUGUGGAAAGCUGACCUACCACCUGGAACUGCCGUACACCAUCCUAUCAUUUCCAUAUGUAGAGUAUGCAAUUAUGAAAACAUAUUGUCAAGGAAUAUGCGCUAACUGUGCUUUGGAGCACCAUCCUCCUUCAUGUAAUGCAAGAAACGCAACAGAAGAAAUAAAACCUGACAAAAGUGACCUUGACACUGAGCAGCAUCGUUCACAUCGGAACCACAAGCACAAUGUCCGUAAAAAAGGUAAUAAGCAUCUAGCAGGAGAUCGGCUUCACCGAAACCGGACAGAUUUCAGAGAGUUAGGGCAAGGUCAACAUGACCAGCACCAAAAACUUCACCACAAAAACCAUCAGCACAACCACAAAGCUGACUUAGAAGCAGGAACUCCUGACUCUGUGGCAGAUAAUGGCUCACAACAACAGCAACAUCUGUGAAAAAACAAAUCAAGCUGAAAGAAGGAGUUCAAAUGAAAACCCAAUGGCCUGUCAGAGCUAACAGGAAUGAGAUGAUGUUGAUAUUGCCGUCAGCUGCUCAGUGGCAAGUCCUCCGAUAACGAAGUGACUUGACGCUGCAGGACACAGUCAUCAUCCUGACUGUGACAGGAACAGGGACGGCUGGACGAGGCCAGCCUCUCUGAAUCCUGACAAUGACGCCUGAUCCCUGUUCUCUGACCACAGCAAGAUUAGGUGAGGCAGAGCCAACGAAAAUCUUGACAAGGAGGUAAAAGAUGAGAAUGAAAAAAUGGGCAGCAGUAAACAAUCCCUUUGGAAUGUAAAUUGCUGUCUAUUUUCAUAAAGCUUUGAAAACUCCAUGUUGAAUUUCAGCUUUAAGGUUCAUUCCAACCCCUCUAUUUCACCUUGAGGGAUGAUCUGCUACCAAACAGUAUUAUGAGGCCAAUCAGUAUAAGGUUCCGGUUAGUCCUUGUCGCUGUUGCUUAUUUUCCCAAUCCUUGUGGUUUCCUCUGUGAGAAGAGCAGCACAAACUAUUCUAUAGGAGCUGCUGUUUGAUGUAAGGCAAACACAAAGGGAAGAUAAGUGAAGCAGAGAAGCUAAUCUGCAUUCUGUGUAACAACUUUGCAAACAAAUUGAUGUAUUGGUACUUCUGAUCGAUCAUUUUUUUCCUACAAAAAUUUUAAGAAUAAGAUUUUUCUACUUUUUGUCUUCCUCUGAAUUACUUUUCCUUUCAAUUAUAACAAGUAAGAACAUUUUUUAAGACCAAUUAGUAAAUGAUGCCUAAGUUAACUGCAAUUAGAUAGAGCCAGUCUGACAAGAGGUUGGCGUCAUUCACAUAGAAGUUGCAAUUCCAACUCAGUCCUGCUCUAUUCUCGAAUUUGAAAUAUGGACAAGAAAUCCUCUAUUAAGAUCAUAGAUCACUAUCGAGUAGGCUUUUGGUUUUAUUGGUAAUAACAGAAGACCUCAUUGUGAAGAAAUGAAAGACCAUUUGUGGUUUAUUUGAAAGCAGGUGCCAUAUUUCAUGAUGGUUACCAGGGAAACCACUGACCCUAGUGUACCUGAAUCCCUGUAUGGUAAAUGUUGAUGAAUUAGAUAUCCUGGAAAAUCUGUAAUGCACUGGAAGUAUUCUGUAACAAGAUAUCAAUAAACAUUCUGUUUCUGAAAAGCAA